GAAAUCUUCAAGAGCCGCGGCCGGCUGGAGCUGCGUCCGAUCACCGCCGAGGCCACCCACGCGUCACAACCACCGCACCUCAACUCUCCCGCCGGUGCAUGGGUAGAACCCUUCGUAGACACAUAUAGCGUCGAUCAUCUCAACAAUGAAAGAUCGCCCCGAAAGCCAAGAGAGCCCAGUCGUCGUGGAUGAUGCAAACCAAGACGAUACCGCCACGAACGUUCAACAUCCCCCCGGCGGGAGUGGAGGUGAUAGCUACGACUCGGAGGAGAAGUUAGGAGCUGUCCAUCCGUGGCGACAAUUCGUGGACCAUCGAAAAGGCGACGACGCCACGCCGUUCUACCAUAGCGGGCGUAUCAAACGUCUCCGUCCGGCGUCGCAAGAAACGUUAUCGCCACUGACACUGACGCCCCGCGCCCCUUCUCGACGAGACGGUCGAUCCCGCGUGAAUUCUAUGGACGAUCCCACGACGUUCGACGAGAAGCUACGUCAACCUAUGUCCCGACGAUUCAGCGAAAUGCCCAAGUCUUCUGCCCCUUCCAUGUCCGACUUGAUACCGCUGGACAACGCAUCAUCGUCGUCUGUGCCUUCGUCAAAGGCAUUGUCUGGGGGCCGGCCGUAUCUGUACGAGUUCAACCUGUGGAAAAAGCCCGCGGCCCGCGUCAUCGAGCGGCGCGGGGCCAGCGGCGACAACCACAACCACGAAGCCGCGGGCCAUCCAUGCGACGUCGAGGCGCCGCACCAACAUGCGUGGGAAAAGAAAACGAGUCUCAAGGGGAGCCUUGCGCGCCUUGUGCUGACGAAUCCAAACAAUCAUGACAACAACAACGAUAACGACGUGGCCGCCUCACCCUUCCAUACCCUCCAUCGGAAGCCACGGUCCGCCUCCAUGCAGGAUGACAUGUGCGAAUGUGAGCUCACGCGGUCCAACUCACCGGAUUUCAAGUAUCUUCAUCGGUUCUUUGGCGACGGGCGAGGCGACCGACCGACGCGAAUCAAGUGGAAGCGCGGUGAGCUAAUUGGAGAAGGCACGUUUGGCAAGGUGUACAAAGCCCUCAACUCGUGCACUGGCGAAUUGUUUGCCGUCAAGCAGAUCGAAGUGCCGCGGGACAAAAAGCACGAAAACGAGUCCAAGAUGUUGGCGAAACUGGGCGAAGAGAUCGCGCUGAUGAAGGACUUGCGUCACGAACAUAUCGUGCGAUACCAAGGAACCGACCGCGACGCCCACUUCUUCUACAUCUUCAUGGAGUACGUGCCAGGCGGGUCGAUUGCAAGCAUGCUGGCUCAGUACGACGUGUUCAAUUUGGAUUUGAUACGAAAGUUUACGCGGCAAAUUCUCCUUGGUGUCGAAUACCUGCAUAGCAAGAGCAUCAUUCAUCGCGACGUGAAAGGUACCGCGGCUUUCAUCGAGUGUCAGAGUUGAUUCGCUGUAGGCGCGAAUGUGCUGGUGAAUGAGCAAGGGGUAGCCAAGCUAGCCGACUUUGGGUGCUCCAAGCAACUGUCAUCGGUGAAAACUACGAGCAUGGAAGAGAGUUUGCGGUCCAUUCGAGGCUCUGUACCAUGGAUGGCGCCAGAAGUUGUCAAGCAAUCCGGUCAUGACUUCAAAGCAGAUAUCUGGAGCGUCGGAGCCACAGUAAUCGAAAUGGCGACCGCAAAGCACCCGUGGCCAGCAAAUACGAAUCAUCUUUCAGUCAUGUUCCACCUUGCUAUCAAUCCAACGGGUCCACCGAUUCCGGACUGGUUGCCCGAUGUUGUCAAAUCCUUCCUUCAACGGUGUUUCUGCAUCGAUCCAAACGGUGAGUCCUGUACCGUUGCACGAGAAAUUGAUUAAGCUGCGGUUGUCUUCCACUCUGGUCCAUCCUGAUCCUCACGCUUCUCUUCCAGAGCGAGCGACGGCGACGGAGCUGCUGCAGCACGACUUUCUCUUGGUCUCGUGAGGAGAAAGAGACAAGCGCGCCAUUCUGGAAUUUCGAGAAUGGGUCGCGCGCCCCGGCGUUGAUGUAGGAUUGUGUUUUUCCAUGGCUAUUUAACUGGCAAAUUUACUUCAUGCUCGAAAA